AUGCCCAGAAGAAACCAACAUCCAGAUGGCAACUUUUUCAGAGGGAAAGGACACAGCUAUCUUGCAGAAGAAGCUCUGGGUAUCGGACUCUUCAUUUUGGUGCUGGCGAUUUUAUUUAUCUUUGGCUGCUGGUAUUACAAAAGACGUAGUGGCUACAAAAGACUGCGGAGCAAAAGCCCUAGUGUGGGCCCAGUACAAACCGUGGUAGGUGAGGGAACAACACUGGACUGCAAAAUGGCUCUGCAGGAGUACAGGAACUUUAAUUCUGUGGUACCUGAUGCUCCACCAGCUUACGACAAAAUUGCUGCAGAUCAGUCACCACCACCUUAUACACCAUGA